AUGGGCAACUCGAUUAAUUACAAACACUCUCAGAACAACAUGUCGGAAGAGGAGUUGAGAAAUUUUUAUCAAUUGAAUACCAGAUUAGAUGUAAAUCGUUCCUUGUUUUCAAUGGGACACAAUUCUAAAGGACAACUCGCUUUGGGAGAAGUGUCCAAGUGUAGAAAUAUUGCUCGUCCUUUUCCAGUGAUCAACCCAAACGGAUCGGACAAUACAUAUGGUCAAUUGGGAACUGACGAAGCGUACACUGAAAUAGUGGAAUUGAAAUUGGAACAGUACGGAUUAAUGACAUGCUCUAAAUCAAUCAUUACUUGCGUAGAUGCUGGUGACUAUUUCACAUUUUUUGGAGUUUCAAAUGCACUCCAUGGUCAUCAGCUGUACACCAUUCUUAAGAGAGAGGAUCAUCCAUUAUGUGAUGUGGUCAUUGGAUUUAAUAAUUAA